AGAGAGAGAGAGAGAGAGAGAGAAGAAUGAGAGCAAGAGUAAGAGAAGAAAAAAGAGACAAGAGAUUAGGAGCGAAUGAUAUAGAACUGGGAGUGAGAGUAGCAUAACGAGUACUCAACAUAACAUUGUUAAAAAAAAGUGGCAGUGGCAGUAGGCGUUGACGUUUCGCUCAUCCGAUGAGCGCCGAACGCCAAACAUUAAAUUAUUCCCUAUCGUUAUUGCACGAAAAUUUUCCGCACUGUACAGAUCAAAAACAUAAGCAGCAAGACAGAGAGAAGAAUCUAGUAACAGUGAAAAUUUGAAGCCCAAUGUCAAUGGUCAACGACGACCGCUCCAAUAUGUCACAACAGCCACAAACAUCAGCAGAGGACAAUACAAAUUUAUCAGGUGCACAUUCCACAUUUUCUGGAGAUAAUGAAUCAAACCAAAAUGGAAAUACAAAUGAAAGCAAUGAAAUAAUUCAACAGGAACAAAUAACCUCAAGAGCUCAGGCUACAAUAAUGACAGAAUUAGGUAGCGAAGAAAUUCCUCCUCCAAAAUUAGACUUUUCUGCUCCACCACCAUAUGAAGUUGCAACAAAAUUACCAAGUUAUGAAGAAGUCGAACGUGAAAAAACCCUUCAAGGAGAAACAACACCACAAGCUCAUCCUCAAAUUCAUUUAUCCAAUGGUGUAAGAACACCCCAACAGCCAUUGACUAUUUUAGCUAUAGACACAGAUGGUGUUGAAGGUGAUCCAGAAAAUCGAAUGUUGGGAACAGAUUUUAUGUUCUUUACUGCUUUCUUAGUUGCAUUUCUAUUUAAUUGGAUUGGCUUUUUGCUAUUGAUGUGUUUCUGUCACACAAUAGCUUCUCGAUAUGGAGCACUAUCUGGUUUUGGACUUUCCUUAACCAAAUGGACUUUAAUUGUUAAACAUUCAACUGAUCUUGCAUCCCGUGAGAACUCUUGGCUGUGGUGGCUGAUUAUGGCUUUUGGUUUGUUGAUUUGCGUUCGUGCUAUUAUUCAAUAUUUAAACAUCAAACGAGGAUGGCGACUUUUGUCUGGCAGUGCUCAAGAGCGGCUACUUUUCUAUUACUGAGCUACGCAUGUAAAUGUCAAAACUAUUUCUUUUGUAUCAAAAAGAAAUUUUUCAAGACAAAAUACAAAAAUAAGAAAGAUAAAUGAAAAAAAUUCAUAAUG